GCUUUGGGGGUUCUUGCGGAAGGACAACCGGCGGGACAUAGGCGCGGAAACAUGGCGUACUGUUGUAGACGUACUUCAGGUGGCUGAAUCUCAGAUCAAAUAUUUGUCUCCGUUCGUAGGAAACAAGUCUCCGAGGCUUGAUGAAGACCUUCGGUCAAGUUGAGGAUGGGGAUUGGAGGAAUUAAGGAUGUGAUUGAGCCUUUGGCCAUCUUCUUGAUCUUCACGGCUACGGCGCUCAUCAACAGAACACAGACGCGAGAAUUAAGAUCGUGGAGUGUAGGAAGUUCCAACCCCGGGCUCGCAACAACUCCUCUCCUCCCUCGAACCGGCAUGCCCAGACAAAGGACUUCCCGCAUCGAAUACUGGGCAUCCUAUCCCGAUACCUCUCGUUUCCGAACCGGCCUGAUAUCCCGUUUCUUCCUUAAAUUUCCUUUUGUCCUUGAGAUACUGUACUGGGCAUUUACCUACUGGCCCUACCAACUCCUCCGCGCCGCAAGCGCAAAAUACAUCUCCAGCACCCCCGAACGAAAAUCCGCGAUCGAGGAAACCGCAAGGAAAAACGCUGUGCGGAUCAUGAACGCCGAGAAAUGGCUCGGCAUUGCGUUCGAGCACCGCUGCCAGCGGUUUGUGCUGACGAGGUGUAAGACGUGGGUUAUGGAUGCGAUGUGUGCUCUCUAUCUGGCACAUAUCUGCGCCGGGAUAAUGUUCUUGGGAUACGGGUAUACGUAUUUCCCCCGCUCCAAAUACCAGAAAGUCCGUCGGACGAUAGCAAUCGACAACCUUCUUUCAUUUGCCGUCUUAACCGCCUAUCGGUGCAGUCCUCCUCGGUUGAUGCCAGAAUCGUACGGCUUCGUCGAUGUUCUACACCCCGUCGAUGAACGAGGGCCGAAUUUCUGGGCCAGCAAUCCGUUCCAGCUCACGCUUGCCGCUAUGCCGUCCCUGCACUUCGGGACCAGUUUGUUGAUUGGGCUCAGUUUAGUUGUCUGCGGGAAACAUUUGCUUGUGAGGAUCAUUGCGCCUUUGUAUCCGGUGGCAAUGUUUUUCGCGGUGCUAGGAACUGCGAAUCAUUGGGUUUUGGAUUGCGUGGUGGGAGUGCUUGUUGUUGGGGUAGGGUGGGAGGUUAAUUGGGUACUGCUUGGGUUGAGACCAGUUGAGGAGUGGCUGUUUUGGCUGUGUAGAGUGCAGAAACCGGUGGACGAGGCAGAAAUUGGGAAGGUGGAUUCGGAUUGAUGGACGAGGAGGUGAGAGAGGGGGAAAGGCCAAGAGUGGCCCUUUUACCUUACUGGACCUCGAGACAUGAAAUGGUAGAUUCAAUACAGUGAUUUAUUUUCCG